CCCAACCUACUCCUUCCCCCCUUCUUCACCCCCCAACCAAACAGCGCAACACGCCUCGCGCAGCUCCAAAAAUGGUCCUCCCUGAUCCAGUCCUGGUGCCGCCAUCACCGCAUCUACCGGCUCUCGCUCGUCGAAGCCGUCGACUCGCCGCUAUUCCACAACGCGGCGCUGCACAAACGGCUCUCGCUCAGCGAGGUGCGGAACGUCGUGGACUGGAUGGCGCGCGGGGAGGAGGACGGUGGUGGGGGGAGGAGGGCGGAGUGGGCGGAUGGGGCGAGUAAGACGUUGGUGUGGAUUUGGUGGAGGAGGCCGGAGGAGUGGGCGGGGAUUGUUGAGGAUUGGGUUGAGAAUACCGGGCAGAAGAAUAUGGUGUUGACGGUUUAUGAGCUGCUGGAAGGGGAGGCAACUAUGUCGCAAGAAUGGCACGGCAUGGACCCCGACGUCAUGCUGCGGUCCCUUAAUGUCAUAGCCAAGCGAGGCAAGGCUCAAGUCUUUGGCAGCGAGGGCCAAGAAGGCGUCAAGUUCUUCUAAUGCUGUGGACAUUCAUUCGUUGGCUUAGCCGUGGCGGCGACGCAAUAACUCAAAACGUAUGGACGGUAUGCAUACAUGCAUGCAAUAUACAAAUGAGUUUCCUCAAAAAAGAACAAACAGAAUCCCGAGAUCCAGUUACUCCCAAGUAACAACGGAGAUAUACAACACCAGCCCAGCAUCGACUC